UCUUCUAGGCUACAUUCUAGUUGCUCUGUAGAAUUCGUUCAAUCAAAAUGGAGAAUGCCGAAUCUGUGAGUAUGCCGAACAGGCAAGUCAAAAGUAGACAUUUCGAGGAUGAAGACAACGAGGUUCAAUCGCCCAUAAGAAUGUUCAGUAUGGAAAACGUGGCUGACCGCGUUUUUCAUCGCAAAAAGAAAAUGGUGGGAGAAUUCGACGACGAUGAAACACGUCGGAAUGAUUAUCGCAAUAAGCUGGCCAUCUUGAAAGGCGAUUUGGAAAGCGGGAGUCAGAGGAUGGCGAUCACCGGCGAGGAAAUGGAAGAUUGGUUUCAGAAUCUUCAGAUCCGAACCCAGCAACCAAAGGACAAGAAUGAGAAACCAGCUGCCCCGACCAAAUUAGCUGCCACCAAUAACGUUGCUACUGCUGCCGUGCGAUUAAAGGGAAAUGUUCGGAUCGAUAAGGUAGAGAAUAAAAUUACAUCGCCCGUUGAGACACAUCAGUCACAUAGGAGACAUUCUCAUUCACACAGGUCAGCAGCAGAAGGAAUAAUUGCAGAAGAAAUGUGCGAAAACGUCGAUGAGAAAAAUCAUGCUAAAGAAGUAGCUGUGCGAUCAAAGAAGUUAGAAAGGCAAUCAACAGAACAUAAAGCACAGACAAGGCGUAAGAAGUCGUCGCAUAUUUCCGUUGCGGAGGUCGCCAGUGAUAUACGUAACAGCAAAACUCGCCCGCAUGAUUUCCCAACUUCUGCACGAUUAUCAUUAUCUAGUGAUGCCCAAAGCAGCAACAGCAAAGCAAAAUCUAGUAAAAAUACUCUUUCCAGCAUCAAAUCAACAAUUCGCGAAGAACAAUAAGUCAUCAAAAGACCCGCGAUAGUUUAAAUGCAUGCGGCAAUGUAUUAUCAAUAAUUAGAAAUUGAUAUACCGUACGUAAAAUCCUGGUAAAAUCUUAGUGAUGCGCAUUAAUGAAACGUUGCAUUAGGUAGAAUGUUUGUGUGAACAAAUAAAUAAAUAAAUAAAAGUAAAAAAAAAAAAAAAAACGAAUUUGUCGUUAGCGUGGUAAU